GCCCUAGUGAAGUUGAGAGGGAGGAAAGCCCAAGUGGCCCUGAAACCCUAAACUUAGCGCUCGUCUUCACCUCGAGCUUGUUUUCUUCGUGCCUGUGCUGCUUCCUCGCGGGUUUGCGACGUUCUUUGUUCCAGUUGCAAGGAGAUCGUAUUUGAGCUGCAACUAUGGGCUCUGAGGCUGUGAAUCCGAAGGCUUACCCGCUCGCGGACGCGCAGCUGACGAUCACGAUCACUGAUAUCGUGCAGCAGGCUGCGAAUUACAAGCAGCUGAAGAAGGGAGCCAAUGAGGCCACCAAGACGUUGAACCGUGGCAUUGCGGAGUUUGUGGUGAUGGCGGCGGACACGGAGCCUCUGGAGAUUUUGUUGCACUUGCCUUUGCUGGCGGAGGACAAGAACGUGCCGUAUGUGUUCGUGCCGUCGAAGCAGGCGCUGGGGAGGGCGUGCGGCGUGUCUCGGCCGGUGAUCGCGUGCUCCGUGACGACGAACGAGGGGAGCCAGCUGAAGUCCCAGAUUCAGCAGCUGAAGGACGCGAUUGAGAAGUUGCUGAUCUGAGGUGGAGGAGACAAGUGGAAGCGCCGGAGAGAGACCACAGCCGGAUAGAGACUUGAGUCUAUGAUGCCUGGAUUAUGGUGGCCGUUUGCACUCGAGAGGCGAGGCUCCUCGUUCUCGUGCGUAGGUCCUCGGAUGGUUUGAUCGGGCGGUUCUUCUGCCUCUGUAUAGUAUACGCUACAGGAGCGGGUAGCUGCUUGGUGAUGGGUACUUUGCGAGCUGAGGGAAGUUAGCUCUAGAGACUAGGUUGUGAACUUUCGAUCUCAUUUACUUAUAGAUGAGUAAUGAAUGGGAUAGAAUUUUCUUCGAAGCAUGGAGGAAUACUCAUGUGCUGUUCAUGUGGAUGUUGUUUGUAAGAAACUUCUAUAACUUUUUUAAAGCUGAUCGCUGCGUA